GAUCGUGAGAUGAAACAUUAAACUUACGGCGAAGGAGUAGAAGGUCACGGCGCUCGAGAAUAGCGUAUCCAGUUGCCCCGAAGCGCGAACAGUUGCCAGUGUUGGAUCGCGUGUUACAAGCCGAUAUACAGACACCUAUAUAUUUUGGCGAAAAUGCAUAGCCUAACGACGAUCGGCAUCGUAUGGUGUAUGUUGUCAAUCGUUGUUGCUGUCGUAUGCUCGGCUGGUUUCUAUAUGCCCUACUGGCUUCAAGGAGAAGUUAUGAAUGUCACAGUUCACAUUGGCAUAUUUCGUCGUUGUAAUUACCUCGCUAGAAACCCAUUUCUCAACACGUACUACGUGCGCGAGGAAUGUGGUCGUUACAAACGUUUCAAUGAUAUUCCCUCGACUGCCUGGCAGGGCAGUACCAUUAUCUCAGGAGUAGCUUGUGGCAUUUUGGUCCUCAUAAGUCUCAUUUCUCUGCUGGCUAUUUGUUGCCAGGACAUCAUCACAAAGCACACGGCAAGAGUUUGCGGAUUUUUUCAAGCAGUCGCUGCCGUAUUUCUUAUCGUCUCAUGCGUCUUAUUUCCAUUUGGUUGGAACAGCGUCGAAGUGCGUCAAGCGUGCGGCGAAAGCGCAGAAUCGUACAAACUAGGAAAUUGCAAGAUUGGUUGGGCAAUAUUUCUAAUCGGCGGCGGAACGGUCGCAACGAUAAUUUGUUCGUGCCUUUCCGUGAACGCUGGUAAAUCGGACCGAAUGAAAGCAUCGGCUUACGAUGCGAGAUAUGACACCAUGCAGUUACACACGAAAGGUACUCAUAUAUGACGCACUCGGGUGCUACUUGAUGCGGAAGAAUAACUACGGCGAUGCUUUCAAAAAUCUUUAAAGAUUAUAUAUGGGGCAUGUAUAUACAUAGGUAAAGAAUUGAAUAUGGAUUUGCGUAUCAAAUACAGUGGUGAAGUGCGGUGCCCGGUCGUAAUGAACUUUUUUCUAUUCUUGUUUACUACCGGCGUCCUGGCCCGCUUCUUGAACGAGAUCCCAUGAAAUUAAACCAGCUACCUUCUUUGUCGAACAUUGACCGAUUACAAAAAUGUAGUCCAAAGCCUGGCUUGUAUUCGUAAUCUAAACGCUAACAUUCAUGAGAAUAAAUAUUCAUCCUGUACAGUGUAAGAAAAAGGAAGGUGAAAUGGCAUCCUUCAGUGUAACAAGUAUUUCACUCUCCGUUUCUUUUAAAAGAGGUAUGGGCAAUAAAUAUUUGGUUAUGCCGGUCCAUCAACUUCGUUCCAAGGGUUGUAAUCCCCAUGUAAAUCUCAUUUGAACUCGUAAUUACCUUGCGAAGAAAACUCCAUUACCGACUUUUUCGUGUCACAUGCAGUUAUCGAAAUAUUCAGUUGGACCAAAAUCAGUGAGCUCUGCAUCAUGUUGAGCGCGACUCUCUUUACCAAAUAGCAGUACUAGUUUUUAAAAUGUUUGGAUUGCUUUAACUUUCAGUUUAAAAUUUCCUAACUAGCUAAAACGUGAAAAGAUUGUACUGGGAUGAAGUUGCAUUAUAUCACGAGUUCUUAAAAAUGAAACAAACCAUUUUUAUUGCCAAUUCCCAUUUAAUUGGACCGAACGAGCGAACUACAUCACUGAAGUGCUGAUGUAAUACCUCUCGAUCUGAUGCAAUGCGAAAUCGUUUUGUCGUUUAUCAAUGUAUAAGUAGUUCGUGUCAUACUUACCUAGCUAGAGCAAUGACGUUGAACAAAGGGAGCGCUGAUGGCUACCUGCUCAGACCUUAAAAAAGCUUUUACGACGAAGUGCUCCCAAGUUCAGAUGAAGUUACUUAGUGUUAUACGCUGAUGCAAACAGUUGACUUUUUACCUGCCAAGAUUACCAAUACCGAUGUUCACAGUUCACAAAUCACAAAGUUUAAAAUGUUAUUUAUUAUAGGUUUAUCUUAGUAGAAA